AUGCCAUUUGCUUCCAAGUCCCUCGCCGCGCCCAAGUGUCUUUACUUCGGACAUGGACGUUUUGGUACCAGACGACGGCAUUCUCUCAGCUGCCCCUCAGGGCGAAACCACACUCCACGAUGGCCUCAAAAUCCCCGCCCCUCCCCCCACGAGAUCUUGGGCAUCGAAGCUGGGAAGCCCUACAAUAAGGAAAACUUUCGAAGGCUUGUCAAGGUGUAUCACCCUGAUCUGCACGGGCAGAACCCCUUGGUGAACUCUCUUCCCCGAGCAACAUGCUUAGAACGAUACCACCUCAUCAUCGCCGCCAAUGAGCUCCUCAGUGACCCCAGCAGGCGAAAGAUGUAUGAGAUGUACGAUGUGGGAUGGGCUUUCAAGAACCAAUAUCGUGGGCCGCAUACUCCGAACUCAGCAUCCACGUGGUCAGGGUCGGGUUCCUACACUUCGACCUCUCAAGAUUCUGGACAUGCCGGUUGGACGGGGCAGUAUCCAAAAAUGCGCCAGGAGCCUAUCUACAUGUCUAACGGCGGAUUCGCAAUUCUCCUUCUGUUCGUUACCAUGGGCGGUGCCAUAACACAGCAUGAGCGAGCCAAGAAGGCAAGACUACGGCACAAAACAUUGGAACUCGCUUUCCAUGACUCCAUUCUCCUUGGUCUACAAGAUAUCAUCUUUUCCUCUGGUGAUCAACAAAAGGAUGAGAGAGUGUUGGAAUUUCUGGCUCGCAGGCAUUUGGGCCUGGCUCGAACUAAUGGACAUCAUCAUCUGCUGUAUGGUGGACUGGAGGACAAUAUCUGCCGGCAUUGA